AUGGACGCCUCUGAAUCUGAUCCCGCUCCCCUAGACCUAGACUACUCCACCACCACAACCACCGCAACCAUAACCACUCCCAGUACCACCACAGCAGGAGCCUGCAGCAGUGAUAGCAACAACAGCAACAGUGGAAGCAAAAGCAGCAGCAGGAAGUGCAAAGGGAAGGGCGGACCAGAUAACAGUAGAUUCCGUUACAGAGGCGUCAGGCAGCGAAGCUGGGGGAAGUGGGUUGCCGAGAUUCGCGAGCCACGUAAGCGCUCUCGAAAGUGGCUCGGCACCUUCGCAACCGCUGAAGAUGCCGCUCGUGCUUACGACCGUGCGGCUCUCAUCCUCUACGGCAACAAGGCUCAGCUAAAUCUACAACCGCCUGGCUCUUCCUCCUCAAACUCCUCCUCCUCCUCCUCUUCGUCUUCCUCGUCGAAGUCUUCUUCUUCCACGCAGACCUUAAGGCCCUUGCUUCCUCGCCCCUCGGGGUUUGGCUUCACUUCCUCUCCUGUGGUUCCACUGGUCGCCGCCGCCUCCUCUAUGCCUUACGGGAUGAUUCCCAAUGUAGAUCCUACAUUUCUUGGGUCCAAUUUAGUGCAGAUUCAACAACAGUACCAGCCUGCGAUGUUAGCGGGACCUUGCAACGUUGGUGGUGGAAAUGAAACCAAUUUCGCGUAUUCAACUGAUUCGAAUCAACAUCGUUAUCAGUAUCAGUAUUAUGGUCAACAACAGCGGCAGCAACAAGAAGUUGAGGGUAGUGUGUAUGAGGAUGUUAAUGCGCUUGUGGGAUCGGUGAGUUCGAGUUUGUCCAUUUCUGCUACUUGUACUCCUCAAUUACCUGUAGCUGCACCACCAGCACCGGGUCUGGAUCUGGGCAACCCGGUUGGCCCGAUGGGGCCCGUGUCUCCGGCUGUGUGGCCAUUAACCAAUGAGGAUGAGUAUCCAUCCACGUCCAGUCUUUGGGACUAUGAAGACACUUCGUGGUUUGAUUUUUGA